UGUGGUGUACCGAGUGCGGGUGGAGGGAGGGCGCUCCGGUACAGGCAGCCGGUCCAGGGCUGUUGCGCGGCAUACUAGGAUGGCGCGCAGGCGCAGAGCGGUGCGCAGGCGCGUCGUGGGUGAGGCGAGAUGGCAGGUGCCGGAGCCAGGCUGCUGCCUGUAAUGGGGCGGCUGGCUCUGCUGCUUCUCGCGUUGUGCACCGCGGGCGCCUGGGGGCUCUACUUUCACAUCGGCGAGACGGAGAAGCGCUGCUUCAUCGAGGAAAUCCCCGACGAGACCAUGGUCAUCGGCAACUAUCGCACCCAAAUGUGGGAUAAGCAGAAGGAGGUCUUCCUGCCCUCAACCCCUGGUCUGGGCAUGCAUGUGGAAGUGAAGGACCCUGACAGCAAGGUGGUGCUGUCCCGGCAGUACGGCUCUGAAGGUCGCUUCACGUUUACCUCCCACACUCCCGGUGACCAUCAGAUCUGCCUGCACUCAAACUCUACCAAGAUGGCUCUCUUUGCUGGUGGCAAACUGCGUGUGCACCUGGACAUUCAGGUUGGGGAGCACGCCAACAACUACCCUGAGAUUGCUGCUAAGGAUAAGCUGACCGAGCUGCAGCUCCGUGCCCGACAGUUGCUUGAUCAAGUGGAACAGAUUCAGAAGGAGCAAGAUUACCAAAGGUAUCGUGAAGAACGCUUCCGACUGACCAGCGAGAGCACCAACCAGAGGGUCCUGUGGUGGUCCAUUGCUCAGACUGUCAUCCUCAUCCUCACUGGCAUCUGGCAGAUGCGUCACCUCAAGAGCUUCUUUGAGGCCAAGAAACUGGUGUAGUGCCCUCUCCAUGUAACCUGUGCUUCUCACUUCAUUUAUUUGGCACUUCCCCCACCCAUUCCCUUAUCCACAUGGAUUUUGAGGGAAAAAAAUGAAAAAGAAAGUAAGUCACAUUGGUUCCAUAGCAACAAACCAUUAAGAUCAACCAGUUGUUAACCCUGGUUCCCAAGGACAUUGGUUCAAGAUUUCAAAAUCAUUCUUAGGACUUGUGAAGCAUUGGAACUAAGCCAGGACUAAGUCUGACUUCUUUUGUCUCCAGUGAUUCCAUUCUGUUCUAUCACAAAAUGAGCAAAUGAAAAAUGUCU